AUGCAGGUCAAAUACUUUGAUUCCGGUGACUAUAAUAUGGCUAAAACGCACGUCACACCGAAUGCGGUCCGUGACGCUCCAACCGGAGAGACAAUCCCGACCCCGGAGAACAUUCCAACCCUACGAAACAAAAAUGUUUCACCCCAACUCACUUUGGGAUCGCAUAUUGCUCCGCCCACAUCACCCGCUCGAACAAGCCUAAAUUUGAGCAUAUCACAUGCACAACCGCAUCCGCAGCCGAAUGUGAGUCAGUGA